GCUGCAGAAACCACAGCUGCUGCUUGCUGUUGCUGCACGCCAGGCACUGGCAACCUGGAGCCUCCGGAGGGAAAGCGGCCCACGGAAGAGGAAGGUAGAAAGAGACGUUUGACGCUAAGAAGAAGAUUAAUCUCAGACGGAAAAUUGCAUUAUGAUGGAGACAAAUGAAAGCCAAGACAGCAACAAAUUGAAAGGAUGGGUGACACUAUGACUUCAAGGAGCAAGAUAGAAAGGCAAAUGCAAAAUGAAGUGAACAUUCCUUUUACAUGCCACAUGUCAAUAUCUGUACCAGGCGAUUCGAAGCUGUUGUGCACUGACCUGCAAAACUGGUUUCUACUGAUCUUUAGACAGGAUGAGCGAGUCAAAGAAGGACUUCCUGUUAAGCAAAAAUAGUGACAACUGUCCUGUUUAAAAGUGAUUUUUAAGACUGCAGGCAAGUGUUUGGACGAAAUGAAAGAAAUCGCACUCUGGUCAUGCGAGGAAGUGGUCGAUUGGUUGUCAGAUGUUGUGCCAGAAUACUGUGAGCCAUUGAAGAAUUUCACUGGGCAGGACUUGGUUAACCUAACGAAGGAGGAUUUCAAGAAGCCCCCUUUGUCGCGUGUGUCUUCAGACAAUGGCCAACGUCUGCUGGACAUGAUAGAGACUUUGAAAAUGGAGCACCAUAUUGAGGUACACAAGAACGGGCAUGCCAAUGGCCACUUGGUCAUCAGUACGGAGGCCUCCACCAAUGAAAAUGGUUUCAGCAGCAAAAGCAAACCAAACGGGAUGCCAAAUGGGUACAGGAAGGAUAUGAUACAAAUCCACAUGCCAGAGCCGGAACGUUCUCAGUAUCCCAUGGAAUGGGGGAAGACACUUUUGGCUUUCUGUUAUGCACUUUGCUGUCUAGUCCUUACAACAGUGACAAUCUCAGUUGUCCACGAACGAGUGCCUCCCAAGGAGGUGGAUCCGCCCCUACCAGACGCUUUUUUUGAUCACUUUAGUCGAGUUCAAUGGGCCUUUUCUAUCUGUGAAAUUAAUGGCUUGAUCCUUGUAGGACUCUGGGCAAUUCAGUGGCUGCUCUUAAAAUACAAGUCCAUUAUUAGCAGGCGUUUUUUUUGUAUAGUUGGCACACUGUACCUGUAUCGGUGUAUUACGAUGUACGUUACCACCCUCCCGGUACCGGGCAUGCAUUUCAACUGUUCUCCAAAGCUGUUUGGAGACUGGGAAUCGCACAUGAGGAGGAUAAUGAAGAUGCUUGCUGGAGGCGGGCUGUCCAUCACAGGAUCACACGAUCUGUGUGGUGACUACUUGUUCAGCGGUCACACAGUUAUGCUAACACUUACAUACUUAUUUAUCAAAGAGUAUUCACCUCGGCGACUCUGGUGGUAUCAUUGGGUUUGUUGGACUCUCAGCUUAGUGGGGAUGUUCUGUAUCCUCUUGGCUCACGACCACUACACUGUGGAUGUGGUGGUGGCUUACUACAUCACUACAAGACUUUUCUGGUGGUAUCACACAAUGGCCAACCAACAAGUGCUAAAAGAAGCUUCCCAGACAAACCUCCUUGCACGAGUGUGGUGGUAUAGACCCUUCCAGUACUUUGAAAAGAAUGUUCCGGGCAUUGUCCCACGCUCUUACCACUGGCCAUUUUCCUGGCAAGCUCUCCGACUGGGUAGACAGCUUAAGUACAGCAGAUUGGUGAAUGACACAUAACAGCUACAAAAGAAGAAGAGGUGGCAAAAGAACUGUCCAAAAGUGCUAAGAACUCCGCAAGAAGAGAUGCCAUAAAAACCUGAACUGCUCCCUUUCCUCUACCUUUUAAGCAUUACCUUGACUGUAAUCUAGUCUCUUACCUGGUAAGCACUGUGAUCUUUUUCUCUCUCCAAAGGAUCUGCGAUGGACAACAAUAAGGAAACCGUAAAUUAUCAUGCACUGUAUACAUUUCUUGUUAAUAGAUUUUGGAUUUGCAUUGCUCAUCACCAUGUUUCUUUGUAUAUGAUGCAGCAGCGUAAACAGAAAAAGAGGCUUUUAUAUCAUAAGUUCUGGUCUUUCCAGUCUCGUCUGGGAACAAAGCGUAUUAUUUUCUUGGGAAAACAUAAUUUUCAUAUCUCUUGCCCCAAAGAUUGGGCUGUAAGCCAUUUUCUAGCAAAUGUCUAUAUGAAGGUUUCUAAAUACCUGACUGGGAUAAUAAUAUACAGGAAUCUUUCUACCUGUUUCACUGAAGCUACUAAUGAUAGACACAGAAAGGUUUGGUAAACUUUGAUUUUGUAAAUCUGCAGUGACAGUGUCAAAAAGUGCAAAAAAAAUAUUCUGUUGUAAAGUGAUUUUUCUAAGUAUUUCCUAACUUUAUUUUUCAAAAUGAUAUGCGUAAAAAUAAAAUCUAAAAAAGAUUUUUACAUGUCAGAGAGAAGAGUUAAAAUAAAAUAAAAAGCUUCUUGGGAGAGAGAUGUAUCUGUUUCUAGUGCCUUUCUUGUCUUGAUAGUAUGGUCAGUAGGCAGUCUUUAAAAGUUCUAAUUUAAAAUAAAGUAUUCCAUGAAACAAAUAUUAUAUGUAUUGUAUACAUUACUGAAUUAUGAUUUUAUAUCUAAAUUGAAUCGGGAAUCUGCUUGCAAUGUUCAGAUGACUAAAUUGGAAGAAAAACCAAAUACCAUAAUCAAGUCUUCACAUAUUGUGGAGAGGUUAGAAUGAAAUUUUCUUCUUAAAUUAUUUUAUUGUCCAUUCCAUACAUGGAUUUUAACUAUAGCAAGAAAACAGCUAUGGAUUCCUUUUUAUAAGAUUAUUUUUUCCCCUCCUAAUGAUCAGCAAAUCAAAAAUCAAACUAUAAACAAUGUCUCAUCCCUGAAUGAAAAUUUUGCUGAAAAACAAUUGAUUUCUUGAAAACAGAAUUGUGCAGAAACUGCAUGUAACUCUAAAAUUUCAGUCCUGCCAUACAUAUUGUGUCUGGGGGAAGUAUUCUAUCCUAUACUUGCCAAUGUGCAGAACAAAAUAGUUUUUUAAGAAUGAAGAAGCAUAUAUCUAUCUAUCUAUAUAAAAAUAUAUAUAUUCAUUCUGUAUUUUACGUGAAACAGAGUUAUCUUCUGUAGGGUUUUUUGUGUGUUCAACAAGGUGAAAUUUGUAUUGUAAAACAAUAAUGGUGAAGGAAAAUAAAAAGGCUUUUAAACAA